AUGUCGAUACUUAUUACUUUCUUGAUUUUAUUAUUUUCUCAAGUUGUUCGAUGUCAAAAUGUAGCUGCUAAUCCAAAUAAUACUGCUAUUGGAAAUUGUACAUGUAAUGAAAAUAACGAUUUAUGUGAUGCAUCAUGUUGUUGUGAUUCUGAUUGUUCAGAACAAGAAAUAAAAGCACUUAAUUGUCUUGUUUUAGAACCUCGUGAAAAUAUCAAUUCAAUACCAUCAAAAUCUUCUGCACAAUCUAAAUGUUAUGGAAAUGUACCAAUAUUUAAAUCUAAUUCACCAAAUCUAAUUGAAAAGCAGGAUGACCUUCUCUGCAUUUAUGAUCAACAAAAUAUCGAUUCAGAUAAUGCAUAUUAUCGACAAAUAAAUCAAAAAUUAGAUUCAUUUAUUGCUCCACGAUCCAUCAAUAUCGAUACUAGUGUUACAUCACCACUGGGAACACCAACUGAACUGACUGAUUAUCAAGUGGGUACUUCCGUAUUCAGAUACAUUCCGACCACUAAUACAGCGACCUACUUUUCUCUUCCAAUAAAACUUUUUAACAGUGAACUAUGCUCGGGAUUACAGCCGAUAACUUAUAUGAAUGAUUUCACUUCAACCUGCAACCAGCCACUAAAUAAUCAAACAUGUCUUAAUGCACUCAAUGGAGACAAAUAUAUUAAUUCAUUUAGUCUCGUUACGAAUCCAUCAACUCUCGCCAAUAAUCUAACUAGUAUUAUUUGCACCGUAUCUGGUGGUAGUGCUGCAAGCUGGUCUAAUCUCACAUGCUCAAAUGCUCUUCAAAUUUUAACGGUCACAAUUUUCUAUACAAAUCCAACAGGUAUACAGAAUUGUACUGUUCUAUUGAGUGUCAACCAAGCAAAUAGUAGUCCAGUAAAACAAACGUUUAAUGUUCGAUUUGUUCGAACUGGAUCGCCAAGUUUAACUUCAGCAUCACGUAGUGGAAAUCCAGGCUAUUCGACACGAGCUCCUAUUAUAGCUGGUACUUCAAAUGGAAUUUCUAUCUCUACAUUUACUUUUUCUGUGUUGCAACCAUCAAUCAUUGGAGACUGUAGUGGUACACCUCGCAUACCUAUACGUUUUGGUGAAAAUAUUCAAUCGACAUGUGAAUUCAGCCCUGCUUCUUUCUGUCCAAAUCAAGCCGAACUGUCAAGUAUAUUUUUAUCUUUCACUUCUUUCAAUAUCUACGUGGCUGCUUAUGGCAAUUCGGAUCCAUCAAAUAUUACUGGCAAUUGGUUACCUGUUACAUAUUGUGUAUAUGACAUUGGAUCUUCUAAUGAGCCCGUGUGUCUUUCAGGUUCUAGACCAGAUCCAUCUGGAAAUGAAUGUUACACUAGAAUGGAUAUUCAAAUAGCUUAUGCUAACAUUGGUUCUGUUAGUAAUCCACAACCUAUUCUUGGUGCAGUUAUAUUUCAUUAUCAAAGAAUAAACAUAACAAAUACAACAACAUUGACGAAACCUUUACUAAUAACUCAGACUGUUACUUUUCAAGAUUUAUCGAAUGCACCUGUUACUGAGGGAGAUCAACUACCAAAACCUAAUGUCCGCCUACCUGGGGAUUUCUUUUAUCCAUUUACUCUUAAUCGAGCAAAUGUUGCCAUCUCAUUCUCCUCAUUUUGCUAUUUUCUGAUCAUGUUUGUUUUGACUCUUAUGUAG